AUGGGCGAAAUCUGUGCCCGGCCCUCCUCGCCUGACUCAUUCAAUGACUUCUUCCACCAUAAAUCAUGGCCAGAACCAUGGACCUCUCCGGACUUUCCCCCAGACGAAUCCUGGCAAGAGCGAUACCGCCGCUUUCGGAGCUAUCCAUGGUGGGAAGCCGACAGGGCGGCUAGAUUCUUUGACGAGUAUUAUCUGACCAUGUGGCCAUGGGGCUAUUUCAUCUACCGGACUUGUUACGAGAACGUUUCCGAAGCUGAUUGGAAGGAGGCAAUGCGAAAGCUUGAUGCCUAUGUUUAUUGUUUCCUCCGAUCCCGCCAGGCAUACGGGGAUCCAGAACCCUACCGGAGGUACUGGCAUCCAGAACCCAUCCGGCUUAUUUGUGAGGGUUACAGGAAUGUAGUCAUCGAGGAUCGGGAACUUCUUGAGGGUGCUUCUGUCCACCAGGUCCGGCACCUAUUUGACAAUUGGAUGACACGCCAUGACCAGGAGGGCGAUCCACGGUCAGAGUUUUGUCUGAUGAUUGACAAUAAGGCCCUCCAGUCCAUCCUCAAGUCGCCGGAACCGUCCGAUCAUGCCUUCCGGUCUGGAUUAGACGACGGCUACGUGAUUCUUAUUGAUCGGAGGUUUCACGAAGGCGACAUAAUAACGGACUAUGAAAAUUAUCAAGAAUUUAUGCGUCUGGAUAUAACCGGACUAUGGAUUUUCACGGAUGACUAUCAGCAGUAUGACUAUUUUAGAAAAAUGCCCCAUAUACCGCGCCCUGGCCUGAUUCCGUGCACUGAUGGAUCGUUUGCACAUGUAGAGGAUGAGGAUGGGACAGUGGUGGCAGCAGAUUCGUUUUCAAGCAGGUCCAGUGUAAUCGGCAAGAACCCUCGUGCGAUAUCUUAA